AUGGCAGAAAAUAAAACCUACUACUAUCAAGGGAAUUUUAAAGUAAAAGAUAUUCCAUAUAAUAGCAAUUAUGAAAAAGAGACUUCUGAAGAAACUGCAGCUCUGAGCAAAAUGAUUGAGACUCGGAUGAUUGAUGCAUUUCAAGCUUCUAGCAUACACAAUCAUUAUAUCAACUCUCAAGUCAUCAAACUGUCGGGUCUCAAGAAGUCUCAGGUAUACAUUAUCACAGCUCACUUCAAAGUCAGUAAAGUCCAUGCUGAAAAUACAGUCAACAAAUGCUGUGGGAGGAGAGCAAAAAUGUCCUCUGCAUAUGACAGAAUUAAAGGAGGAUCUGCAGCUCAGGAAGGGGAAUGGCCAUGGCAAGCUAGCCUCAAGGUCAAGGACAGACACUAUUGUGGGGCAACUUUGAUUAGCAACAGAUGGCUGGUGACUGCAGCUCAUUGUUUUAAAGAGCACAAAAAUAUAUCAGAAUGGACUGUCAGCUUUGGAACUGUGGUAAAACCUCCCUACAUGAAGAACAGAAUAAAAUAUUUUAUUGUUCAUGAAAACUACAACCCACGUGCCCAUCAUGAUGACAUAGCUGUUGUGCUCCUUGCUGAACCAGUCCCUUUCACAAACAAUGUGCACAGGGUUUGUCUUCCAGAAGCUACCCAGAACUUUCCACCAGGUUCUGAUGUUGUUGUGACAGGAUGGGGAGCUCUUUCAAAAGAUGGUAUAUGUUCCAAUAAUAAUUUGUGA